AUGGAUAUGACGGCCAUGACCACAGCCGAGAGGGAUGGUGAAAUGGCCCUGACGCGAAUGAUGAGCAAUAUGUCUUCGUGUCAUGUUCCCGAGGCUCGGGUUCUGAUCAUCAUGACCGGAGGCACUAUCUCCAUGCAAAGAUCUCCCAACGGUCUUAUUCCAGCCCGAAACUUCCUGGAAAGGUGCAUGGCACCCCGGCCGGAAUUCAACGAUGGAGAGACCCAUGAUCCCAUCUCCGUGAGGUUUCACGACGGGCCCGAAGGACUGGGCGACUUCCAGAGUCUGCGGACGCCAACAAGCGUAUAUGCCGUAUUGGAGUUCGAACCCCUUCUUGACUCGUCAUCCAUAGACAGCAAGGGAUGGGAGGAGAUUGCGCAAGCGAUAUUUCGCAACUACAAGUUGUUCGAUGGCUUUGUCAUUCUUCACGGCACCGAUAGUCUUGCAUACACCUGUUCAGCUCUCAGUUUCAUGUUGCAGAACUUGGGCAAGCCUGUCAUACUUACUGGAUCCCAGGUGCCCUUCUCCGAGCGCAAAAAUGAUGCCCUCGAGAACCUUCUCGACUCUCUCGACAUUGCCGGGCACUUCAUGAUUCCCGAGGUUUGUCUCUGCUUCAACUCGACCCUGUUUCGGGGCAACCGAACCACAAAGGUAUCAGCAAGCGCGUUUGAUGCGUUUGCAUCUCCGAACUUUCCUCCAUUGGCCAAAAUCACUGCCGUAGGUACCCACGUUGAAUGGAACUCGGUCAGAAGGUCGACUUCCCUCGAAGCUUUCAGCAUUCAAUCAGACCUUGAGAUACACCAUGUGGCCUGUUUGCGCAUUUUCCCAGGCAUCAAACCAAAAAUGGUAGAAGCUGUUCUGCGAACCGAGGGUCUUCGUGGUCUUGUCCUGGAGACGUUUGGUGCGGGCAAUGCACCCAGUGGACACGACAACAAACUGACACAAGUCAUCUCUGACGCUGUUCAACGUGGCAUCGUGAUUGUGAACGUCACUCAAUGUCUGACUGGCAGUGUCAACCCGCUUUAUGCACCUGGAAUGGUCCUUGGCCGGGCUGGCGUUGUUGCAGGAGGAGAUAUGACAAGUGAAGCAGCAUUGACCAAACUGUCUUACCUUCUAGCCCUUCCUGGAGCAUCGCCUGAAUCGGUGGCCAAAGACAUGGCAACGUCAAUUCGUGGUGAACUUUCGGAGCAAGCGGGUACAAUUUUCAAACACCCUACGGGCGAAUUAUCAUCCCCCGUCACUCAGCUUACAGCCAUUGCAUAUGCGAUUGCCAGUGGAGAUAUUGAGAAGGUAAAGGACCUGCUUCGAAACGACAAUCAACUGAUCAACCGGGCCGACUACUCCGGAAACACGCCCGUUCACCUUGCGGCAACUGGGCCUAACGUUGCAAUUCUUAGACAUCUUCUAUCGCUGGGUGCUUCAGUACACAUCCGCAACCACACCGGAUCAGGCAGGACACCUCUUUUCCUGGCCGCCAAUGCUGGUUUAUUGCCGCACGUAAUGCUUUUGAGAAAGGCAGGCGGACAUCUCCACGCCGAAGAAUUGGAGACGGCCAGACUCCACGCGAGCCAACGACCAGAGGUCUGGAAACAGGCGGGCCUGGAAGUAUCCUAG